AAUGGCCUCUGCUGUCAAAGGGAGAUGCUAAAGCGGUGUCUGGCAAGGGGCGUUUAACAGCCAGCUAUGUACUGGAUUAUCUCCGGAACCGUGUGUAAAAAAAAUAAACCCGUUUUCUUGAGUGGAGGGAGUCGUAUCGCAACUGAUAACAACUUUUUUUUGGAUGAAAGGUCGGAACGUAUUUGAAUACCGGGAAGCUAAAAGCCGGGGGUUUGCUUUUUAAAAUGCUAACGUCAGCUAGCCUCAGCUAACACACUGACUUUAUCCGAGGAGACUGCUGUCGUCGAAAUGCUGCUGAAAUGAUUCAACCUUCUACAAGUUCUGUGUUGCAAUGAGGAUCAACGGAGUCCAUUUGUGAGGACUCAGAGACAUGAACUCGAUUUCCCCAAGUGCUGCACAGUACGUGGGGGGAGUGAUGCAGGAUGAGCUGGCGGAGAGCCGGCGGCAGCAGCAGCAGCAGCAGCCCAUGGAGCGGCAGGGCAGCUUCGGUGUACGGCUGCUACAGACACAGGAUCCAAGCAGAGAGGCGAGCGGAGAGCCUGAUGAGAUGGACAAACUGAAAGCCAAGCUGAUGUCAGCGUGGAACAACGUCAAAUAUGGCUGGACUGUCAAGACGAAAACCUCCUUCAACAAAUUAUCACCUGUCACUGUCCUGGGACACUCCUAUCUGCUCAACAGUGAAGACGAGGUGGAGCGGUUCCGUUUGGCUUUUGUGUCCAGGGUCUGGCUCACCUACAGGAGGGAGUUCCCUCAGCUGGAGGGCUCCACCUGGACCACAGACUGUGGGUGGGGCUGUAUGCUGCGCAGCGGGCAGAUGCUGCUGGCACAGGGUCUCCUGGUCCAUUUGAUGCCAAGAGAUUGGGUUUGGCCAGAUGCUCAACAGCUGACCGAUGUGGACUUUGAGGUGUUCAGACCACGCUCCCCGGUCCGGGCUGGAGGGGUUCCCAUCCCCUCCUUUGGCUCCCCGCGAGGCUCCAACACCCCCGAGAAGUCCCCACCAAGUGAUCAAGCACCCAACUGCAGCCAGAAGAAAAGACCUGAGUCUGUGAAGGACCGGCAGGCGGAGCCCAUCCACCACAGAAUGGUCACCUGGUUCGGGGAUCAGCCCCCGGCACCGUUUGGGGUUCACCAGCUGGUUGAAAUCGGUAAAAGUUCAGGGAAGAAAGCCGGUGACUGGUACGGACCCUCUAUAGUGGCUCACAUCCUGCGGAAAGCGGUAGCAAAAACCUCUGCUGUCCACAACCUGGCAAUUUAUGUGGCUCAGGAUUGCACAGUGUACAAAGAGGAUGUGGUGCGACUAUGCGACCUGUCACUGAACCAGAACCCCCCUGAUUUGUCCAGCCAGGCCUGGAAGUCUGUCAUCAUUCUCGUGCCUGUACGGCUGGGAGGGGAGGCCCUCAAUCCGUCCUACAUUGAAUGUGUGAAGAACAUCUUCAAACUGGAGUGUUGUAUUGGAAUCAUCGGAGGCAAGCCGAAGCAUUCACUUUACUUCAUGGGCUUCCAAGACGAGCAGCUGCUGUAUCUGGACCCUCAUUACUGCCAGCCUGUCGUCGAUGUCUCACAAGUCAACUUCUCACUGGAGUCCUUCCACUGUAGCUCUCCUAAAAAGAUGCCCUUCAACCGCAUGGAUCCCAGCUGCACCAUCGGCUUUUACGCCAAGAACAAGAAGGACUUUGAGUCCCUCUGUUCUGCUGUCAGUGUGGCCCUGUCUUCGUCCAAGGAGAAGUACCCCAUCUUUACCUUCGUGGAGGGCAAAGGUCAGGAUUAUGGACUUGAGGGUCACAGCAGCAAUCACAGUGGACCCACAGCCCACAUUCUGCCCCCGGGGGGCAAACAGGGCAGCAGGAGUAACAACAGAAGGAACAGUGAUGAGUUUGUCUUCCUGUAAGGAUGCUUUCUCAGCUCUCGCCUGUAGGGGGCAGAAAAAGACUCUUUGUUUCCUUUCAAAGGGAAGGACUUGAUUCUGUUGCUUGUGCAGCUGCAAGGUGACACAUUUGUGCUUUAUCGCCUUCAAUGGGAAUAAAAACUGUGUGGCUUCUGUUAUCACCUUUUGUUUUAGGCAGGUAUAAUAAGCUAACAGGCAUUAGAAGGUUCUGGUUUGAGCAUUAUUUUACUGGGCUAAGGCAUUAUCUACAAAUGGAUGGUAGAAGACAUUUAGAUUCACUUGAUCAGACCCCAGAAACGCCUCAAAGUUGAGCACUCUCUGUUGAAUAAAGCGCUUGUGAUUUUUGUCCUGGGGGAAACACACUGACGGUGAAGUGGGGACUUUAAGAUAUUUAAUAAGCUCACUGGUCAGGGGAGUGAGGGGAGGGAGGGGGGGGUGGAGAGGAUGCCUGACUGUUCUUGUAUUAUAGACCGAACUCCUGCUGUAAAUCUCCUGUUCAUUUUUCAUUCUUUAUGUGUAUUUAUCAGGUUUACGAAAGUGUGUGUUUGUGUGUGAGCGCGAUGAUGUGAUGUGGUUAAUUUGUUGAGUCUAUAUUGAGUAUUUUUGCCGUGUUUAAAAAAAAAAAAAAAGGCCGUCACGCUUCACACAGGUUUUCAAAUCCUUCCAUGUUUUAAUCUUGAAGGGAUGUAAAUCCAUUCUUCUGUUGCAGUCUGACCCAGAUUUCACACAGCUGACUGGAGCGUUAAUCUUCCACAUGCUUUGGCUCUCCUUUAUUGAUCAUCAGGAGUAGAGGAACACUCACACAAAGCUCUCAUAAAGGGCUACUCGAGCUGAAGGGUAGAGCGGGUGAAGUGAAAUGACCCCUUCAGUCGGAGAUGGAUGAGUAUGUAUGUUUAGAAAAAAAAGUGUAUUUUCCCAUGAAGCACGGUAAUAAAGUCAUGUGGAUGGAUUAGCAAAUGAAACCCAGAACAGUCUUCGUUCUAUAAAGGUUCAGGUUUGUCCUUCAGUGGUCGAGACCAGCUGGAGCUGAAUGGGGGUUUUUUACCUACAUCUUCAAGCCCCUGUUGCGAUGUCAUUUGUGUUUUUUUUUUUUUUUCUCUCUCCCUUUUUUACAAGGAAGCUACUACUGCAAGUUGCACUACUGUUGUUUGUCCUGAUUAAACUUCACAACACUGGAAUCACA